UCCGCCAAGCACAAGCGCGAGCUAGAGGCACAAAAGCAUUCCCAGGCAAUGUCAGCAUUCGUGACGAGAAAUGCCACCGAGGCAGACCAGGUCCCAAGUGCAGAGGUAAAAAUGGCAAUGCUGUGUGCCAAAAACAACAUUCCUUUCACCUUCCACGACGACUUCAACAAGUGUGUAGCUGACAUGUUCCCGGACUCUGCUAUUGCACGAAAAUACUCAACAGGAAAAACUAAGGCUACUCAAAUCAUCAAAGGUGCCAUAGCAGCAGAACUAGAGGACGAGUUGGCCAAAACACGCCGAUCUCAGCCCUUUUCACUGAUGUGUGACGAAUCGAAUAACAGAAAAACAGACAAAGAAUUCGUCAUCCUUACUAGACUCUACGAUGAGGACACUCUGCAGGUCACUACAAGAUUCCUGGAGAUGCCUAUAUGCAAUGUAGGAAAUGCAGAAAAUCUUUAUGUAAAGCUUAAUGAAGCAUUAAGAAAAAGAGGCAUCCCAUGGGAUAACUUGAUUGCCUUUAACUCUGAUAAUGCGAGUGUUAUGAAAGGCCGCCAUAACUCGGUCAUCAGCAGACUGAAGACCAGCCAGCCCCACGUCCAGGACCUUGGCUGCAUCUGCCACCUGGUACAGCUGGCCACUGGCUGUGGCAUCAGAGCAGCCCAGGUACCAGUGGAAGACAUCCUGGUGGGGAUAUACACCCACUUUGAUAAAAGUGCAAAAAGAUGUGAAGUCUACAAAGAAUUUGUAGACUUCACUGAUUCAGACCACCUGAAGCUCCUCAGGUACUGCAGCACCAGAUGGUGUCUGUUAUCCUGCAUCCAGAGGGUGCUGAACCAGUGGGAUGCACUACAGGUAGGAUGGCCUACUUUAACAGUCAUGAAGAGGAGUGUUAAAGUGCGUGAUCUGGCAAGCCAUCUGCGUAAUCCAAUCGUGAAGACCUACUUCCUGUUCCUGAGUGCUGCCCUUAAGCCUUUAUCUGAAUUUAACAUUGCCUUCCAGUCAGAGGGAGUACAAAUUCACAGACUUGAAGAGGAGAUGUGCAGGCUGAUAAAGAGGAUCCUGAGCUACCUCAUACCAGCCAGGGCAAUCAUGGGUGUACCUCUCAGGGAGGUGGAGUUUGGAGAAGAACAUCAGUUGGCUGAUGAAGAUCUCUUUAUCGGAGCAGACGCAAAGACAUUCAUGAGAAGUGCUGAGCUCCCUGUGUCAGCCGAGAAGAAAAUCUUUAAGUAA